CAUCGUUCGUACAAUUUUAGUCGCAGAAAACACUCACAAAGACACACAGAGUGUUCGUUGACGACACACACACACAACAAAAGCUCGCCGGAAAAUCUCGCUCCGGAGAUUCCGACGAAGGUGGUCACGGCGGUGCUCCUCCUUCGUCCCGAAACUGAGGGCCUCAAAGUAUAAACUUUGGUAGUGGGUUGGAUCUGGCGGUGUAUGAUGGGAUCUUGCAUAUGCCCGUUGGAGACUCCGGCGAGGUUGCUUUGGACCACAAGCUUCUUCCGUCAUAAGCUUAUGAUCUUCUAAUAGUUACUAAUUCACACACAAACAAAACACUUCAUAACAACAACCCUUCUGAAAUUCUCAACACUAGUUUCGAAAAACAGAGUAAAACACACAGAACAAACACACACAUACAAGAGCAAAGACACCUUUUAAGUACUAAGGUGUCUCUUUCUCUCGCCGGAAAGUGUCUCUGGCGGCGGUGAUUGACCGGAGUGCCAUGGAGUCUGGACGGAUUUUCUUUGAUGCCUCUGCUUCUCGCGGGAACAACAUGCUCUUCCUCGGCAACACUGAACUUGCUUUUCGAGCAGGGAGAUCGAUAAUGAGCAUGGAGGAAGCCUCAAAGAGGCGACCUUUCUUCACCUCACCGGACGAACUGUAUGAUGAGGAGUAUUAUGAGAAGCAGUCGCCGGAGAAGAAGAAGCACCGCCUCAGUUCCGAACAGGUCCAUCUGUUGGAGAAGAACUUCGAGGAAGAGAACAAAUUGGAGCCUGAGAGGAAGACCCAGUUGGCUAAGAAGCUGGGAUUGCAGCCCAGGCAGGUGGCUGUGUGGUUUCAGAACCGCAGGGCUCGAUGGAAGACCAAGCAACUUGAAAGGGAUUAUGAUGUUCUCAAGUCUUCAUACGACACCCUACUUUCAUCCUACGAUUCAAUUAUGAAGGAGAAUGAGAAACUCAAAUCUGAGGUGGUAUCCUUAAAUGAGAAGCUUCAAGUUCAAGCUAAAGAGGUGCCUGAGGAAACAUUAUGUGACAAGAAAGUCGAUCCACUUCCAGUAGAUGAAGAUAUGGCUCCGAUUUUCAGCACAAGAGUGGAGGACCACCUGAGUAGUGGGAGUGUUGGAAGUGCGGUGGUGGAUGAGGGUAGUCCACAGGUGGUUGUUGACAGUGUUGAUUCAUACUUUCCAGCUGACAACUAUGGUGGAUGCAUGGGCCCGGUCGAAAGGGUUCAGUCUGAACAGGAGGAUGGGAGUGAUGAUGGGAGGAGUUACUUGGAUGUGUUUGUGGCAUCUGAAACUGAGAAUCAAAACCAUGAGGAAGGAGAGGCAUUGGGUUGGUGGACUAAUAUGUAUUAUGUUGGGUAAAUGAUAAUGCAGCAGUGCUUUUGAAAUUUAGAUGCUUAAUUAAGAAAAGGUAAUAAUAUUGUUUAAUUAGAUGUAUCAUGUGGGCGAGAGGAGGAAAAAGUGAAAGCCCGAUUUGGCUGGCUUGGACCCCUAGCAGUUGGAGUGUCCUUAAGCCAAGGUUUAAUAAAUAAAGUCUAAUAAUUUGGUCAUUUGUGUUGGUUAAUGGUUGUACUGUCAGAAUUACAGUAAGUAUAUUUCUUGUUCGAGUAUUAAAACAUGGCUAAUUAGUACUUUACAAAA